UUUGGCCGGCACUCCAUGGGCAAAAAGGUCAAAUGGAGCUGGACCUCCGCCGCAAUCGGAGCGGCAUCGGCUCUAGCCAUGACGGCGCUCUUGUCGUCAAAGCCCAAAGACCCAACCUUCCACCUCAUCUCAAUCAACCUCACCUCCUUCAAGCUCAACCUCCCAGUCGUCGAAGCCGAUCUCAUCCUCACCGUACAUGUCACCAACCCCAACAUCACCCCCGUCCACUACUCCUCCACCGCCAUGUCCAUCUUCUACCACGGCUCCCUUCUCGGCUCUGCCCAAGUUCAGGCGGGCUCUCAGCCCCCCAAAUCGUGCCAGCUGCUCCGGCUGCCAGCUCGGCUCGACGGGCUGCAGCUGGCCCAGCACGCUGCUAGCUUUGUUGCCGACGUGGCGAAGCGGGAGAUGGUGCUCGACGCCGCUGUGGAUAUCGCCGGCACGGCGAGGGUUUUGCUGUGGGAUCACAAGUUUAAGGUGCAUGUGGAUAGUCACGUGACGGUUGAUCCGGUUUUUCUUGAUGUCAUUGAACAGGAAAAUAAGUCCGAGAUGGAGAUUUUUGUUGCUUGAUUAGUGGUUGGGAUCAUGAACUAUAACUCUGUGUUAUGCAAAAUGCAUUUAGUUAAUGCAAUGAAAAAUAUGAUUUUAUUUUA